AUGUAUGAAUGGAGAUCCACACCGCACCGGCUUGAAACCAUUCAACAUUCACCUCAGUGGGAGAAAUUAUUUAAGGAUCUUCAUGAGAAUUGGCUUUGCUUUACAUAUGUGCAUAAGGAGAGGUGGCGGAAACGCGCGAGAAAGAAGUCGACGAAGUCGCGACAGCACAGUUGCCUCAGAGAAAGUUAUCUCUAUAUAUAA